AUGGCAAUGAAUUUGUGGCGCAGGCUGGCGUUCUCCGGCCCUCUAUCAUGGGUGCUUAUUAUGUUAGUGAACGUAUAUGUGAAAGUGAACAAAGACAGCCCUGUUCUUGUAUGCAUGGAUGAAGAUAUGGCCAGAAAAGAAACUGUAGACCCUCAUUACGUCUGGGUGGGGCCCAAAGACAGAAUUCUUAGAGGGUACAAUAAUGUGAAUAUAACCGAAACAGGAAAGCUCAUACUGAAGUCUUUUGACAAAUCCAUGUCAGGGUCGUACAGCUGCACCUUUUCAUACGGCAUCAUCAAGAGAAACAACAACGAAGAGGAGAAAUUUAAAACCUAUACUUUUACCGUGCUGGCAUACCAGGUGCCGGAUUAUACGUACCGAAUCAGCGUGCGAUACACCGCCAUGCCUUGUGAACAUCUCGCCAACGCCAGGUUUUUUGAUUUUCUCAUCGCCACCGUGAAAGAUAUCACCGGGGACCUGGGCUGCCAGCUGAAAAACUCAUUUUAUCGUUGCCACGUAGUGAGAGACGCUGAAGACCAUUUACUAAACGAGCUGUUUAUAUCCUUCGAAGUUAAUUCUUUUGGUCACGGUUGGGAAAGACUGUGCAAUGGGACUCGACCUGACUGCCCGGAUGAGUCGAAUAGGAGGGUGCAGAAGGCCCGACACCUCAUAAUCCAAUUUUUCAAAGCGCAGCCCAUCGCACUGAAAGAGGAAUUCUUGAAUGUCCCAGAAAUCACUUAUAUUGAGCACAGCGUGGCGAUCACUCGGCUUGACAGCUGCCGACCAGGAUUUGGGAAAAAUGAGGUCACGCACAGAGACUGCUCCGGCUGCUGUGUAGUGUGUGACCCGGGGAAAUUUAAUCCGGAUAACAGUCGUCACUGUGAAGUUUGCAAGGACAUCAAAAUCCCAUACUAUGGAGCUACUGCCUGCUAGAGAGUCUAGAGAUCUUUACGUCUUGUACCAGGUGACACAGUUUGAAUAAACAGACGAUAU